AUGACCAAGAAAAGAGCUGGGAUCGAUAACUGUUCUAAUCGCGUUGAAUCGUUCGAUUGGGACAGCGACGAUGCAGACCAAGUAUCUUGUCUUGUACGUACCACGGAUAACUCAACAUUUCGGAGACUCGAUCUUGGACCAGCUACGAACGACCCGGAUCGCGUUAGAAGAAUUAUCGCUAUAGUUGUGGUUCCUACCGUCAUUAAUCUUUUCGUGCUCAUUGGUUUGAUCAGAGCUUAUGGUCGGAUGAGAAAAUCGAAAAAUGAAACCAGUGAUCAAGAGAAGCGUUUGCUUCUAACGUGGAAUGUAAGGUACAGAAUUAUAGAAGGCGUCGCGCGAGGUCUUCUUUAUCUACACGAAGAUUCUCAGCUGAGGAUUAUUCACCGAGACUUGAAGGCGAGCAAUAUUCUUUUAGACGCUGAGAUGAACCCUAAAGUUUCAGACUUUGGGAUGGCGAGGUUAUUUAACUUAGACCAGACUCGAGGAGUGACAAGAAGACGCGUUGGAACCCUUGGCUACAUGGCUCCUGAAUACGCUAGGAACGGAAGAAUAUCAGUGAAAACAGACGUUUACAGUUUCGGGGUUGUGCUUCUGGAGAUGAUAACCGGUCAAAGUAACCAGAACUACUUCGAAGCCUUGGGGCUCCCUGCACAUGCAUGGAAAUGUUGGGUUGCGGGAGAGGCUGCGAGUAUCAUCGAUCCUGUCUUGAGUAGAAGCCCAACAAGCGAGAUCAUGAGGUUCAUCCACAUUGGUUUGUUGUGCGUUCAAGAGAAUGUUGCAAAGAGACCGACCAUGAGUUUGGUUAUUCAAUGGCUUGGUAGUGACACUAUCUCGAUUCCUUUACCUACAGCUGCUGGUUUCACCCUACAUCUUCCGCCCGAAUUGCAUAGAACCGAUGCAACGAAUCAAGUCAAAGGUGAAGCUGGUACUCUUUCAUUGAACAAGUUAUCAAUCACCGAGUUAAGUCCUCGUUGAAUCCGAGAUCUCUAUGUAGACUCAUAUACUUCUAGGUGCUUUAAUACUUGAAGCACGGUACAAGAACGUUCUUGUUUUUGUCUAAAAACUCUCGCUGCUCAUGAUCAUUUUAUUAACAUUUGGUCUUGUCUCUCGAGAUAUUUUCCCCAUUGGCAAAUAGAAUAUUACUGUAUGAAUUGAAUUCUUAUUUCCAAAACUUCGUCACCAGUAUAUUCACUUUUUUUCUUCUUUCUUUUGCUUUUCACUUUGAUAGUUUGUGUACCCUUUGUUAUUGAAACUUAAAUUUUAAAAAGUUGUUUAAAAUUCAAUAUUAUUGAACUAAUGAUUU